UUUCUGUUGUUUUUUUUUUAUCCUGAAGCAUCUCCUACUUGCAGAAGAGUCCGUACAUCUCAAAAAUUAGGGUUUUAAGGCGGUUCAGAGAGGGAGAAAACGAUUAGGAUUCGUGUCGUUUUGAUCUUCGAAUCUGUGAUUUGGGGAUAAAUCUAGGGUUACUGUUUUAGCUCCCAUUUUUGUUCUUCCCGGGGAUUGAAAAAUCGGAGCUCCGUUGAUUUUUCACAAAAUAUAUAUAAGAAAAGAAAAAUUAAGGGUAAAAUUUGUAUAUUUGUUCUUUGUAUGAGAUAAAUUAGGGUUUCGAAUUGAUGGACGAGAUCUGGGAGCGAGCCGUUGAGACAGCGCUAGAGGGCCAGACCGACCACGCCGCGGCUCGAGCCCUAACCCUAGACGGCGCUGUUAAGUGCGUCCAGGGUCGCCUGCCCCCGCCGAGCCUUCUAGAGAAGUUCCAGAACCUUCAACACCUCUCGAUCGCAAACGUCGGUGUUUCGUCCCUGGAGCAGUUCCCGAGGCUUGAAAAUCUCCAGAAGCUCAUCCUCUCCGAUAACAGAAUCGCCGGAGGCCUUGAAUUCCUCGUUGAAGCCGGACUCGACUCGUUGAGGGACCUCGACCUCUCGAACAAUCGGAUUCAGCAGGUCGAAGAUCUUGCGCCCCUCGCUCAGCUGAGGCUCGUCUCGCUUGAUCUGUAUGAGUGUCCGGUCACGCACGUCAAGGAUUAUCGAUCUAGGGUUUUUGGAUUGAUUAAAUCGUUGAAGUAUUUGGAUAAGAUGGACGCGGAUGAGAACGAGAGGCCGGAAUCUGACGACGAGGAGGAGGAGGAAGAGGACGAGGAGGAUGAUCCUGGGAGUGGUGAAAUCGACGGUGAGGAGCGGCCGUUUGAGAUGACCAAUGGGCAUAGUGAGGCGGUUGAGGGAGUUGUGGAUGCUGAUGAGGAUGAAGAGAGUGAUGCGGAUGAGGAGGAGACGGUGACUGCAGGCAGAGUGAACGGAACAAAUCACCCGGCCGAGAACGGGUUUCGAUUUGCUGCGGCUGCGGAAGAUGGCGAUGAGGAUGAGGAGGAGCCCGAUGACGAUGAUGAGAAUGAUUCUGGUGAGGAAAUCGAUGAGGAUGGUGAGGAUGACGAUGUGGUGGAAGUUCAUGAGAUUGAGGAUAGUGAUGAUGAGGAAGAUGGGGUUGAGUAUGAUGAGGAUGAUGAUGACGACGACGACGAUGAAGAUGACGAGGAAGAGGAGGUGGACAAUGAUGAAGGGGAUUUGGCAGAGCCGGAGAGUACAGGGCGGUUGACGAGCACGGAGGGAGAGAUUGAUGGGCAUGAACAAGGGGAGGAUGAUGAUGCAGAUGAAGAUGAUAACGGAGAGACCGGGGAGGAGGAGCAGUUAGUAGAGGAAGGUGGAGAGUUUGAGGAGGAGGAUGGUGAUGAGGAGGAAGAGGACUGUGGUGCAGGUUACUUGGUUCAACCAGUAGCACAAGCUGAGGAAGAAGAUGCUGGCGGCAGUGACAUGGACCCUGGAAACGACCAAGGAGAUGGUGAAGAGGAAGAGGUGGAAGAUGAAGAAGAUGAAGUUCAGGUGCUACCGCCCUCCUCAUCAUCCCAACCUAAGCGCAAGAGAGGCGGAGAUGCAGAUUCAGAUGACAAUGGAGAGGACGACGAGGAAGAUGACGAUGUGGUUGAGUACAGCAAGUCUUCAAAGAAGCAUCGUUGACAGAGAGUCGGUAAACAAUCUGGUGAUGGUAUUUCAUGCCUUUGUUGAUGGGUCCUUUGUUGUCUUAGUUUGGAAAAACAGAGAAAACCUCAUAUAGAGAGCUUAGAUUUAGAUUUGGUUGGUUGGUUGGUUGGUUGGUAGUAGAAGACAUGGAUUUUCCUGAGAUGUUGGACAAACAACAUAUAUAAAAGGAUGUUUAAAAAGUCGUUGGUGAAUCACGUAGCCGUUGCUGGUUGUUAUUCAAACGACAGUUAUGCGCGGUUUUUGCUUGGGAUGGAAGGAGGGAAAGAGCAAUUGGAGUUGGAGGGAAAAGAAAAAGACUUGGUUUUUGAAUGCGUGUUUGUUUGUCCAACCGGGUUUUUUUUUUAGGGAAAAAAAAAUGGGGGGCAACGUAAACACUCUUUGUAGAUAGUCCUUUUAUUUAAUCUUCUUUAUAUUAUGUAGCAGGUGACGUGGAAUUAUGAUUUAUGUGAAUAUUUACCCAGGUGGGAAUUUGAGA